AACAUUUAAAAAGCAAGUUUGAACCAGAAACACUCAUCAGUUGAGCUGCUCCCUCUUCAUCCAACCCCCUUCCUUUUUCCAUUAUUAUCCCCUCAUAAACACCGAACAAAACAAACACACAAGCACUUCCCAUUAAGAUGUUCGUCCUCCAAGCUUGCAUAUAUUCCUUUAAUCACCCCAAUGUCCCUCUCUACAACUUGAAAUAAACUUAACUCUCUUCCUUAGGUCUAUGGAUUUUGGGGUUUUAGAUGGGUUGGUAUCUUCAGAAAACCACAACAAAAACACUCUGAUCUCCUGUUGCGAUUUGGAUCCUAAACCAAAAUGGUUCGGAUCUGGAGGCGGAUUUGGUAAACAAGAAAGCCCUAUUUCUGCUCUUGCUACUGGUACUCGUGAAGAUGAAUGGAGAGACUUAAAAAUGGCGAAGAUUGGUGAAGAUGAUAUUUCAAGGAGAUCUAAUGGUGCCCAGAAUAUGCUUAGCUUUUCUUCACCAAACACACAGACUGUCACAUUUCCUUACUACGCUAGACAUAAUACGGUUGCAGGUUAUGGUGCUGGAGCUGGAGGGCCUUUCACACCAUCACAAUGGAUGGAGUUAGAACACCAAGCUUUGAUCUACAAAUACAUCACUGCCAACGCUGCGAUUCCUUCUAAUCUCCUUAUUCCGAUCAGAAAAGCCCUUGAAUCCGCUGCUUUUUCUGCUUAUUCAGGCGCACAUCUCCGACAAAAUUCUUCAGUUGGAUGGGGUGCGUUGCAUCUAGGUUUCUGCAACAGCUCCGAUCCGGAGCCAGGGAGGUGCCGGAGGACAGACGGGAAGAAGUGGCGGUGCGCCAAAGACGCCGUUGUUGACCAAAAGUAUUGCGAGCGUCACAUGAACAGAGGCCGACACCGUUCAAGAAAGCUUGUGGAAGGUCAAACUUGCAAGCUAACCACCAGCACCGCCGUCCUCCCCCACACCAGCUCACAGCCUGUUACACCCAAUCCGGCGGCAACAUCUUCUGAAGAUAACAUGAGUGUGGUAAACAAGGCAAGUUUUGAAGCAACGGUUGUUCCAAUGUCAUCUCCAACAUCGGUUGACCUAAAAAAGAAUCAAUUUUCUAUAGGUGGAACAGAAUUUGGGUUCGUUUGUUCUGACUCCUUGCUUAAUCCGAUGCACAAAAGUGAUCUAAAAUCCCAAAAUCCACUUCAUCAGUUCAUGGAAGAUUCCAACCAAGGGCAACUCUCUAUAUCUGUUUCGACAAACUCAGAUGGCUUUGUCUCCUCGACAACAUCCCCAACCAGCCAUUCUCUACUAAAAAUGGGGUUGGGGAUGGGUAAGAUGACGACCAAUGUACCACAUGAUGUCUCUUGGGAGACAUCAAUGGGUGGGCCCCUGGGUGAAGUGUUAAACACUUCACCUGUUGGCCCUGUCGGCCCUAAACUUGAUGACGGAGGGUUGGGAACCACCAUUGGGUUAGGGCACUUCUUGUAAACAUAAAUCUAUCGGGUUAGGGCACUUGUUGUAAACAUAAAUCUUGAUAUUUUACAUGUUGUAUCUUAGUUAACUUUUAUGAUGAAAGAAAGACCGAAAGAUAUUGGAUUUUGAAUGCAU